GCGGUGGUUCUAUUGUCCCGUGGUUCUGACCUCAGCAGGUUUGUUUCUCUGUGUCUAAUCCCCCUCCUCUGGGCGCCAGCGUAUAAAAGGGCGGGGCACGCUCCGAGCCACACACACUCUCCGAGUGAGGCAGAUCACACACACACACAGUCAUCAUGUCCAGUGAUAAGUCCAAGGCUGCCUCCCAGACCGACGGGAAGGCUACCCAGAGCAAGAAGUCCGAGAUGGGCAUGAUGUCCUACAAGAUGUUUGUGUUCGACCAGGAGAACUUCCAGGGUCGCAUGGUUGAGAUCAGCAACGAGUGCAUGAACGUGUGUGAGAUGGGCAUGGACCGCGUCCGCUCCCUCCGCGUUGAGUGUGGACCCUUUGUGGGCUUUGAGCAGAUGAACUUAUGUGGUGAGCACUACAUCCUAGAGAAGGGAGAGUACCCCCGUUGGGACUCUUGGAGCAACUGCCAGAAGAACGACUACCUGCUGUCCUUCAGGCCCGUCCGCAUGGACCCAGAGAAACACAAGAUCUGCCUGUACGAGGUUGGAGAGUUCAAGGGUCGUAAGAUGGAAAUCAUGGACGAUGACGUUCCCUCUCUGUUCUCCUACGGCUUCACCGACAGGGUCGGCAGCAUCAUGGUCAGCUGCGGAACCUGGGUGGGCUACCAGUUCCCUGGAUACCGUGGCUCCCAGUACCUGCUGGAGAAGGGCGACUUCAAACACUUCAACGAGUAUGGCGCCCGCCACCCCCAGUUCCAGUCCGUGAGGCGUAUCCGCGACAUGCAGUGGCACCAGCAGGGAUGCUACACUAUGGCCAGCAAGUGAGGCUCAGGGAAGGAGAGAAAGAGCAGAAGAGAGGGAGAGGGGUGGAGGAAGAGAGAGAGAGGGGGAGAGAUGUCUGAGGCCUUGCCGAACCCCUGGCUGAAGCCAACCAUCUGAAACAGCAAGGAAGAGGGACCGCCUGGCAAGAGAACACCUGAAAAUCAGACAACCCCUCCAUCACUCUCUAUCUCUACUCCUCUCUUUCUCUCCUGUGGUCCGACCUUGUACCAUGGGAAAAGGAUCUUCUAUAUCCUCCCCCCACUUCCUGACCCUGUGCAUCGCACACCCUCUCUGCUGUACAGAAUCCUGGCCAACUUUUCAAUAAAAUGGAAAAUCUUGAUUUCAAAA